AUGACUUCACGGUGGCUGAGCCGAGCGACGUCUAGAGCACUAGCAACACUAGCAACUCCCGUGGUGCCACUCACCAGGCCUCAAGUGACGGGAGCAGGCCCCUUCCGCGCCUACCCAAAGUUUGCACCACUAGGCGAACCAUCCACGCUCCUCUCCAUCUCGAUCCCGCAAUCGUCGCAAAUCUACAUUUCGCAAAGCACAAUCGUGGGUCUCAACGGCCAUCUUGAGAAUAUCCGCGCUGAAACUCGCUCGGUUUUCGGCGCGCCGUUCCAGAGAUUGCAAGCCGAUGGCGGCGCGUCGAAUGUAGUUGUCAGUGGCAGAAGCAACUAUACCGUGUUGGACGUGGCUGACAACUGGACUGUCCACGAUACUAGUAGGAUCAUCGGGUGGGCUGGCGACGAGGUGCGCUUGACGACGGAGAAACUGGUUACGCAAAAUGGGCUCGUGAGGUUCCUGGGGUUUGGGUCGUUGGUUAUUGAUGGGGACUCGGAGAUCUUCAAGAUGGAUGUGAGGGAGAACGAAGAGGUUUAUUUGAACCCGAGGGCGUUUAUCGCGGUAGGGCGGGGAGCCACCAAGGAGGGUGUGGAUGUGGCCGCGUCGUUGUUGCCCUAUGCGAAAUACGAAUUGCAUACUUUGGACUUGCAGCAUUUCCACUGGCCCCGCGCUGUGGUUGACCCCGUUGUGAAGCUAAGAAGACAAAUAAGGCGACAAUUGGCUGCAUUCAACAAAUGGCAAAAGUCGUACCAGGAGUAUCUUUUGCCGUAUCUUACGCCGAUGUUUGAUUUUCUCGGGAGGGUUGCGCAGAGCAUUUACAAUUAUGUCAAUGGUCGGUUGAUACGGAGAAAGCCAAUCUAUGUCAAAAUUCAGGGCCCCUGUUCGGUCCUUUUGGACAACCACAGAAUGUUCAGCAACAAUAAAGUCUUUACAAACGCGGAAAUAGACGAGGUGUUCAAAUGA